AUGUCAACUCGCAAACUCAGCCGUGCAAGCAACACCGCACCAGAGCUCAGUCCUGAGCUUGGCACCCCCGUAAUCCAUCCCCGGUAUCAUGAAGGGCAGAAAGUGCGAUAUAAAGAUGUUACAGAACGCUAUGGAACCGAUACAAGUAUCGGCAGAGUCAAGACUGUGUUGAAGGAUGUAACGCCUCCCGUUGGGAGAGAAGAAGUGCGAUAUGAGGUUUGUCCAGACAAAUGUGUUUAA